UAUCAAACAGUUUGGAGGAAGAAGAGAGCUACAUUGCACAUGGCAUCCCUUUGGAUCAUGAUAUCCCCAUGGACACCUUAUUUCUUCUCUUUCAUAGCUCUUCUACUUCUUCUUGAACAAAUCUCUUACCUCAAGAAGAAACGUUUUCUUCCUGGCCCAACUCUUGUAUUCCCCUUUCUUGGCAACGUAAUUCGCUUAGUUACCAACCCCACUAAAUUCUGGGACGUCCAAUCUGCUUUAGCUAAGUCUACCAGACAUGGCUUCUCUGUUAACUACAUCAUCGGUAAGUUCAUUCUUUAUAUCCACUCAACUGACCUCUCCCAUAAGGUCUUUGCCAAUGUCCGCCCCGACGCUUUCCACCUUAUCGGUCAUCCUUUUGGGAAAAAGCUAUUCGGUGAGCAUAACUUGAUUUACAUGUUUGGGCAAGAACAUAAAGACCUUCGCCGACGAAUUGCCCCAAAUUUUUCCCCUAAAGCUCUUGGAACUUACACUGAUAUCCAACAAAGGAUUAUUAUCAAACACUUCAAGUCCUGGUUAGACGAAGCAUCCAAAUCCCCUAAUAGCCCAAUCCCACUUCGCUUCCUUUGCCGGGAUAUGAACUUGGAUACUUCCCAGACUGUCUUUGUUGGUCCAUACUUGGACGGAGAAUCAAGAAACCGAUUCAAUGUUGACUAUAAUUACUUCAAUGUUGGGUUGAUGAAACUCCCUAUUGAUUUGCCGGGUUUCGCCUUCAGAAACGCUAGGUUAGCAGUUGGGAGAUUAAUCGACACCCUUUCUGUUUGUGUGGAACAGAGCUUAAACAAGAUGAGAAGAGAAGAAGAACCCACAUGCUUGAUUGAUUUCUGGAUGCAGGAGAAUUUAAGAGAGAUUAACGAAGCUAAAACCAAUGGAUUACAAAAGCCAUUUGAGUACACUAACAAGGAACUUGGGGGUUACCUAUUUGACUUCCUCUUUGCAGCUCAAGAUGCUUCUACUUCUGCUCUGUUAUGGGCAAUCGUACUUUUGGAUUCUCACCCUCAAGUUCUGGAGAAAGUCCGGGCGGAGGUGGUGAAAUUCUGGUCGCCCGAGUCAUCUCAGCCGCUGACGGCUGAGAUGCUUAGGGAAAUGAAGUACCUAGAGGCAGUGGCGCGUGAGAUUAUCAGAAUCAGAUCCCCGGCGACUAUGGUGCCGCACAUUGCCGGUGAAGAUUUCCGGUUCACCGAAGAUUAUGUUAUCCCAAAAGGGACAAUUGUGUUCCCGUCGGUUUUUGACUCGUCGUUUCAGGGUUUUCCUGAACCGGAGAAGUUUGACCCGGACCGGUUCAUGGAAGAGAGGCAAGAGGAACGGGCUUACAAAAAGAACUUUCUAGCAUUCGGAGCUGGGCCCCAUGCAUGUGUUGGCCAGAAGUAUGCAAUUAACCACUUGAUGCUUUUCAUUGCUAUGUUAACGGCUCUGAUUGAUUUCAAGAGACACAAAACGGACGGUUGUGAUGAUAUCUCGUAUAUUCCAACUAUUGCUCCAAAGGAUGAUUGCAAAGUGUUCCUUUCACAUAGGUGCACUCGAUUCCCAUCUCUUUAAUGAUCAAAUUUGCCCAUUUUUUUAAAAAAUUAAUCUUGAUCAUCACUUUGGUCCCAUUUUGACCAUGGAUGUAAUAGAAAAAAUGGGGUCGAUGUGUAUUUGUUAUUUCUAUUUUUCCUUUCUUUAUUGUAGUGUGUGAAUACAUGUAACUUGAUCAAAUGAUCAAGAUUCUUUUAAAAUGCUUGUUGGAGCAAUUGAUGGAGUGGCAAAUAUUUGGGAUUGUGUGGAAGAUUAAUAAAAAAAAUUCCUUUU